ACCGCCCGUCCACGCCCCACGGAGCCCCGCGAGGAACUGCGGCCUGCUAGCUUAAGGGCGGCCAGCGCGGCCGCAGGCGGGGAAAGGGCAGGGCUUCCCCACGGACUUGCGCACAGAGCGAGGAGGCGGGACCGGGCACAGUGCCAGCAUCAGACCAACCCCCCUGAGCACGCGCGGAGCGAGGGCUUUUGCCGGCCAGACCGGGCAUGCGCACAAGGCGCCCUCUGCGCGGCACCGCCCUCCCGCAUGCGCACUAGCGGGUGGGGGGGUGCGGGCCUUUCCCCUGGCACCCUGCGCCCGGGGCACGUGCGGGCGGCGGAAGGCGGCGGGCGGCCUGCGCAGGCGCGGUGCGAGGCCCCGCCUACGUCAGGCGGCGGCAGCAGCGCCCCCCCGCGGCGGCGCGGCGCGAUGGAGCUGGAGGCGGCGCGGCGCGCGGUGCUGGCCGCCGUGCGGGGCACGUGCGCUGCCGACCUGCCCCGCCUGCUGCACUGGAUGCGCAACACCAAUGACUUUGAUGAGCUUGUGGUGAGUAACAAUGAUGUUGUGCUCAAAAAGAUUGCUGAAGAUUUGCGGAAUUGUUUACCCAUCGAGGCAAUGUUUAGUUCGGAACAUCAAGCUAUUCAGAAAAUACACCAGAAUCCAUUGCCCAUGAUUCAUGUUGAUGCAUUCCUUUAUGAUGAUGAUUUUGUUGAUUCAUUGUGUGAGGAGGGGAAGAUGAGUAGGAGCUACUGCACAGCGUGUGGCUCAUACAAGACUGCAUCUUUAGAGUUUAUUUCGCAUUCCUUUUCCCUCAUGGAACUGAAGUUUCUUUAUCACCAUGUACUGCCUGACCUGACAGGAAAGGUAGUGGUUGACGUUGGCUCCAGGCUUGGUGCAGUGCUAUUUGCGGGUUAUCUUUAUAGCUCAGCAUCGCAACUGUAUGGAGUAGAAAUGAAUGCAGACUUUUGCCACUUGCAAGAAAUGAUGGUUACAAAAUACCAGUUCAUUGACAGAAUAAAGGUGGUUCACGCAGACAUCUGUACUCAGGCUUCACUUCUUCAGAAAGCUGAUGUUGUUGUAAUGAAUAAUGUCUUUGAAUAUUUUCUUGACAGACAGGAACAGGCCAGAGCUUGGGAAUUCAUUGCUUGUAAUGUAAGGAGAAGAGGGUCCUUACUAGUCACAGUUCCAAGCCUUAAAGAAUCGAUCUCAAAGCUCCAGAUGGAUAUACAGCUCAGCCAAUGGGUCGAAGAGAUGCAGCUAAACUAUGAUGUGUAUUUGGAAAAGGAUGUUGACAGAGAAGCACUUGAACAAAUACAUUUAUACAAGAUUCUCUAGUACCUGGAAAAAAUUACUAGUAUCCUUGUAAUAUCAUAUAGUUUGGGUCUAAAAUGAAUUUGGAUUGAUUUGUGUGAAUAAAUCAGGUCAAAAUUCUUA